AUGAAAAAACCAGACAAAUCGAAUGGUCCCAAAUCAACCUUAUAGAUUGUUUUCUUUGACUUAUCAAUAGUGCCAUCUUAAUUCAAUGGUGAUUGGUGUAUUUCACAAUAAUUAGUUAUAUAAAACAAACAACCAGAUUCGACAUCAUAAUCUAUUUUUCUAACUGAACGGUGCAAUUUAAUGAUUUUUACUUCUCAUAUUCCAUCUUUAAGAUUCAAUAUUAAGAAUCUUGAUUAAUCCUCAUCCUUUGUAAUAUUGAUGAAAGCUAAAUUGCCAUCCUUAGAAAAUUAUGGUCUUUGGUAUCCCAUAAAAGAAGUCCUAAAAAACACCUUUUUGAUAUUGGGAUUAAAUGUAUCAAUUAUGAUUAUUCGUUAAGUUUCAAUCUUUUCUAUAAGCUCUACAGCAACACAUAUAAAUAUAUAUCGAUUAUCUGGACUCGUAGUGAAAUAAGGAAUAAAAAAUUAAGAAGAAGUUUUAGAUUCAUUCCAAUUUUUCUAUUCUUCAAAGUCAGAAAUAUCAUCCAAUUAAUAAUCCUUGACAUCCAAUUUGAUUUCUUCUUUUUCAUCUAUAGUAUAACAAUACUCAAUGUUCAGGUCGGUGGGAAGUGCUAAAAAUUUGCAACCUUCAUAUUCUAUAGUAUGA